AUGUGGUCCAAACCAGUUGGUCAGGAUGAUAUGACCAUGUUGAGAGAUGUUUCAGAUGAAGCUGUCGCUGAAAACCUAAAACAUCGCUUAAAUGCUGGAAUUAUUUACACAUACAUUGGUCGAGUGUUGAUUGCCGUCAAUCCAUACAAAGCCCUGGAUAUUUAUGGCGCAGACACUCUUGAAGUUUAUUGUAAAGAUGGAAGUAAAGGACCUAAGCCUCCUCAUAUUUACGGACUGACAACUGAUAUGUAUCACAAUAUGAUGAUAGAGAAAGAAAACCAAUGUGUCAUAAUAAGUGGUGAAAGUGGAGCUGGUAAGACUACAUCUGCACGGCACAUACUCAGUUGUAUCAACAAAGUUUCUGGCCGAGGAUCCGAUAGAAUACAGCAUAUUAAGGACAUUAUAGCUCAGUCUCAAGUUGUACUGGAAGCGUUUGGGAAUGCAAAAACCAUAAGGAACAGUAACUCAAGUAGAUUUGGAAAAUACCUUGAGAUACAGUUCAACCAGAACGGGCAACCAAAUGGAGGAAAAAUCUACAAAUUUUGGCUAGAAAAGUAUCGUGUAACUCACUUGACACAAGGCGAACGUAACUUCCACGUGUUUUACCAGCUGUUGUCCGGCUGUACGAGCAAGGAAAAAGGUCAGUAUGGCCUUCAAGGAAACGCGGAGAAUUUUUUCUAUUUAAAUCAAAGUGAAGUGUACACUACUGACAAUAAAGAUGACAAGAACGACUUUUUAGCAACAAGGACUGCACUGGACGUGAUCGGCGUAGACACUGCGAAGCAACAGAUUAUCUUCAAAGUGUUGUCCGCUAUCCUAACUCUUGGUAACAUUGAGUUUAAAGAAACUGAAAAUGUGGCCUGUCCAACCAAACAGAACUUGCUUGAAAGCCUCUCUCAAAUACUCGGAAUUAAUAGAGAGAGCUUAGAGGAGAAACUAGUGAGUGUCUUCGUAGAAACUCGCCGCGGCGGAAGAGUUGAAAUAACAAAGAAAACCAACAACAAAUGUCAGGCAGUGGCUGCCCGCGAUACCCUGUCUAAAGCCUUAUACUCACAUUUGUUUGAUUACCUCGUCAAGGUUAUCAAUGAUGCCCUAAAGAAAGAUAACGACUAUUUAUCCAUCGGAAUACUGGACAUUUAUGGAUUUGAAUCUUUCAAAGAAAAUAGCUUUGAACAGUUCGCCAUCAACUACGUGGACGAGAAACUUCAACAAGUUUUUGUGGAACUUACAUUUACAAUUGAACAGGAAGAAUAUAUCAGAGAAGGUAUUGCCUGGAAAACCGUAAAUUACUUCAAUAAUAAGAUAGUCUGCGACCUCAUCGAAAGCAAGCGCCCUUCGGGAAUCAUGUCAGCCUUGGAUGAAGCAUGUUGCCCAGUGAAAAGCAAAAAAGAAGGAUCUGAGAGGACUUUUGAACAGAAAAGGAGGGAGAUCGUUGGUUCCAAUAAAGCGCAUCAGGAAUUACUUCAAGUUCACCAUGACUACUUUACAGUGAAACACUUUGCAGGGAGUGUUGAUUACGAAUUCGGUGGCUUUCGCGAGAGAAACAAAGACGAGCUGUCAAAUGAUCUAAUAUCUUUGAUGCAGUCAAGUGAAAAGUAUGAAUACUAUUCAUUUGUCAGAGACUUGUUUCCUGAAACAGUUUAUGGCGUAGGGGAAGGAGGACAUAAAACAAACACUGGCUCUGCUAAGAUAAAGUUUCAGACAAACGGUGUGAUUGGCAAGAUCAUGGCAUGUAGUCCGCAUUACGUCAGAUGCAUCAAAACAUCGGAACAGAAAACUCCACUGGCCUGGAACCAACAAAGGGUUAUUAAUCAGAUACGUUAUCUUGGACUCAAAGAGAGCAUUGUCAUCAGAAAAACAGGAUUUGCAAUCCGCAGAAAUUUUGAUUGUAUCUUAAGAAGGUUUGGAAUAAUUGCUCCAGAAACCAAACAUGGCUGGUCAGGUGACCGUGCUGAAGCUUGUCGCUUUAUACUUAAAGCCGCUGGAUUUGAUUCUGGAAAAUGGAUAAUUGGAAAAACAAAGUUAUUUCUUAAAGAACCUGAUGCGCUUCAUGAUCUAGAGAACAUAAAGAAUAAACGCAUCAACGAAGCUUGUGUCGCGAUCCAAAGUAAUUACCGACGUCACAGUCUGAAGAAACAGUACAACGAAAAGAAACAAGCCUCAGAAUUCCGAAGAAACUCAUUUGCCUCAGGAAUGGAGUGGAAACCUCAGAAUUGGGAUAUACUAGCAGAAAUGUUUCAAUCCACAAAUGAAUUAAAAAAUGAAAGAAAAUCGAAUUCUGGAUCUUUUACAAUAUUGAUGAAAACGAUAUUUGGACCAUCAGGAGGCGGGGUACACUGCAAAGGAAUAUGGCUUGAACUUUCGGAGCGAUCAUUAACAACAGCCACAAAAGAAGUUUGCCUCCAUAUCUGCAAUUGCAAAGAGGAAUUUGCACCCCUGAAAACUGGAGAACACUUCAUAAGUGAGCUUGUGGCCUUAGGACCAAACAAAGAUCCAUUGAGAGCUCCCGCAAAAUUGUGCCUUCCUCUUUAUGAUGAUAUGUGUGCAGAUCAGGAAUUGCUUCUACGAUGGUCACCAACUCAAGUCGGUGAAGGAGCGCAGUGGAAGGACGUGUAUCCAGGAACUUUAAAAGGAAAAUUUGCCGGACCCACCGUAAUACUACAGAUUGUUAAUACUAAACAAGUCAAAGUAACUACAAAUAUGUUUGGUUUAUUUUGUAUUAUUUCUCGAGAACCGUCGAAAAUAGAUAGUCAUCAGAAUCAUGAUGAAGGUGAAGCAAGGAGGGGAAGUCUUCUUUCUCAAGGAAUAUCUGGUUUUAUCAAACUAGUGGGUCAAAAGUUUAGGAAUGAAAAGGAAGAAUGGUUUGAACAAGAUCAAGAAAGAUCUGAACAAAUUGCUUUGAUAAGGUAG